AAUCAUCCACAGAUUCUCUCUCAUCUCUCUGCAAGUACUCGAAGCCCUCUUCUCUCUUUCCUCUCUCUCUCUCUCUCUGGUUCGAAAUCAACUCUCUCUCCGAAGAUCCCUAAAUCAAAUCAAUCUUCGAAUCCCGAUUGAUCGCUCAGCUUCUUCAAUUUCGUGUUGAUGGACUGAGUUGUGUAUUUACGUGAAUUUUGCAGAGAAAGUGAGGAUUUUUUGAGGAAAUUAGGGUUUAAUAGGGAUGAGGUUUGAAGGAUGAACGAUGCCUGUACUGCGUAGCGGAGUUCGCAGGGGUCGGGCAGCGAAGCAGCAGCCGAAAUCGAACCCAACUGAAGGCGAAGCAGCGAUUGCGACGAGGACUCGAAGGCGGCGAGCAGCGGCCAAGAACGAUCAGGCGGUCAAUGAGAACGUAGUUGCCGCGGCGGCACCGGCGGCGGAGGCGAGGGAGGUUGGUAACAACAGGGUUUUGGAAGAACCAGUCCGUGUCGGCGGCGAUAUCGGUGGUGGUGGGAGGGAGGAAGUAGGGGAGAGGCCCAUGGAUGAUUUCGGUAGUGGUGGCGCUAAGAGCGCUGAUAAAGCUCUUGGUGGCGAAGAUGAAGGAAGCACUGCGCCGCUUCCUGAAAGGAUUCAGGUGGGUGGUUCCCCUGUGUACAGAAUAGAUAGAAAGCUUGGUAAGGGAGGCUUUGGACAAGUCUACGUAGGUCGCCGUGUUACCGGUGGUACCAGUGAUAGAUCUGGGCCUACAGCUGCAGAGGUGGCUCUAAAAUUUGAGCAUCGAAGUAGCAAAGGAUGUAAUUAUGGACCGCCGUAUGAGUGGCAAGUUUACAACACUCUUGGUGGCAGUCAUGGUGUACCUCGAGUACAUUACAAAGGCCGACAAGGUGACUAUUAUGUCAUGGUUAUGGAUAUGUUGGGACCAAGCUUGUGGGAUGUUUGGAAUAAUAACUCUCAUGCGAUGUCCAUUGAAAUGGUAGCAUGCAUUGCCAUUGAAGCAAUAUCUAUAUUGGAGAAGAUGCACUCUAGAGGGUAUGUGCAUGGGGAUGUAAAACCUGAGAACUUUUUGCUUGGUACUCCAGGAACUCCAGACGAGAAAAGACUAUUUUUGGUUGAUCUUGGAUUAGCUACUAGAUGGCGAGAUGCUUCAACUGGUCUGCAUGUUGAGUAUGACCAAAGGCCUGAUGUUUUCAGGGGAACAGUGCGCUACGCUAGUGUGCAUGCUCAUUUAGGCAGAAUUGGUAGCAGGAGAGAUGAUUUAGAAUCUCUUGCUUACACUCUCAUUUUUCUUCUUCGUGGUCGUCUGCCUUGGCAAGGUUACCAGGGUGAGAAUAAAAGCUUCCUUGUUUGCAAGAAGAAGAUGGCAACGUCUCCAGAGUCUCUGUGUUGCUUCUGUCCACAGCCUUUCAGACUAUUUAUUGAAUAUGUGGUGAACUUGAAGUUCGAUGAGGAGCCCAACUAUGCAAAAUAUAUUUCACUCUUUGAUGGAAUAGUGGGUCCAAAUCCAGAUAUCAGGCCAAUUAACACCGAUGGUGCUCAGAAGCUUAUCUUUCAAGUUGGUCAGAAGAGAGGCCGGCUGACUUUGGAUGACGAGGAAGAGGAACAACCCAAGAAAAAGGUUCGUUUGGGGAUGCCUGCAACACAAUGGAUUAGUGUUUACAAUGCUCGUCGACCUAUGAAACAAAGGUAUCACUAUAAUGUGGCAGAUGCAAGGCUGGUGCAGCACAUCGAGAAAGGAAAUGUAGAUGGAUUAUAUAUCAGUAGCGUUGCUUCUUGUCAAAAUUUGUGGGCGUUAAUCAUGGAUGCAGGCACUGGUUUCACCGCGCAAGUUUAUGAACUUUCACCCUGUUUUCUGCACAAGGAAUGGAUAAUGGAGCAAUGGGAAAAGAACUACUAUAUCAGUGCAAUAGCAGGAGCUACUAAUGGGAGCUCUUUAGUAGUAAUGUCAAAGGGUACACAGUAUUUACAGCAGUCAUACAAAGUUAGCGAUUCAUUUCCUUUCAAGUGGAUAAACAAAAAGUGGAAGGAGGGUUUUUAUGUUACUUCCAUGGCCACCUCUGGAAACAGAUGGGGAGUUGUUAUGUCUCGUGGUGCAGGAUUUUCAGAUCAGGUUGUUGAACUAGAUUUUCUUUACCCUAGCGAGGGCAUUCAUAGGCGUUGGGAUUUUGGAUAUCGUAUUACUGCAACUGCCGCAACUUGGGACCAGGCUGCAUUUGUUCUUAGCGUGCCGAGAAGAAAGCCAGCAGAUGAAACGCAGGAGACACUCCGUACUUCUGCUUUUCCCAGCACACAUGUCAAGGAGAAGUGGGCGAAAAAUCUUUAUAUUGCAUCGGUUUGCUAUGGUCGUACAGUGUCGUAAGCGGCUGUGAAAUCUUUUGCUAGGAUGAUGCUUGAUGCCCAUUAAGGUUUAUUCCUCUCUCAAGCUUUCCUUGACAAGAAGCCAUCUGGUUUGGGAGCACAAUCGAUCUGGGUUUUCUGAAGUGGCAUAUCCAGGCAAGAGAAAUUUUGAUCAAUCAAAAUUUUAAUUUUAAUGUGUAGUCAUACUAGUAUGGAACCUCUUGUUGUCUGUUGGUUGUAUGGAUAAUCUUUCUCAGUGAUGUCCAUUAACAACCAGACCCUUCCAAAAGGAUGAUGGAUGUUUUUACUUGUUGCAGUUAAUUGCGUAUAGUUUUUUUUUUUUUUUUUUUUUUUUUUUUUU